AAACCGGGUUAAACCGGGUUAAAACCGCCGUUUUUAUCGUCUAAAUCACGUUUAAUGUGUCUCUUUCUUGAUAACCCGCAAUGGCUGUUAGCCGUGUUAGAAAGCAUAGUGGGUGUCAAUAUAAAGUGACGGCCAUAUUUGCCGGUGCCGCUGUUGUAAACAAAAAGUGAGAGACAGACGCUUCACUGAAUUUCGGGUCAUUUUUAUUUCUUUAAUUUACAAUGUCUCUGGGAAUGUCUUAUAAACCCAAUGUCCAUCAGCACAUUCCGGGAACUUCUGGGAACCAGGUUGGAAGCCUCCAGUCUCCCUCGGCGGCUAACCUGGCCACGUUGCAGUCCUACAGGCCGCUUCUGAGCGACUUUGGACCUCCAUCUCUGGGAUUCUCACAGGGCUCCACCGGCAGCCAAGUGCCUCAGAACAAAUAUGCAGAGCUGCUGGCCAUCAUCGAAGAGCUGGGGAAGGAGAUCAGGCCCACGUAUGCUGGAAGUAAGAGUGCAAUGGAGAGACUGAAAAGAGGAAUAAUCCACGCCAGAGGGUUGGUGCGUGAAUGCUUGGCUGAGACGGAGAGAAACGCCAGGUCCUAGCUACGAACACACAUUCCUCCCUGCAAGAAGAACUAACAGUGAACGUCUCAUGAAAACAAAAAAAAAACUUGCAUGGCAUUUCCGUCGAGAAGAGGAAGUAAAUGAACAAAGGAUGGGAAAAGCAAGCUCCUAGAGAGAGAGAGAGAGAGAAUACAAUAAGAGAAUUCAUGACUCCUGAGGCUUCUGGAGGAUCAUUUAAAUCAUGUGUGGGUUACUGGAAUUCAUAUGAAAGGAUAUCAUGGGUUUUUAACGCCCCACUUUUGGGAUCUUAGUUUUGACUUCAUUUAAAACAUUGGUUUGUGCAUGCGAACGGGCCCGGGGGUUAAUAGUAGACAGUGCAUGGCUUGUACAGGGGUAGAUGGACAGGACUUGUUUUUGAUAGUAUUUUGGUCUGUUUUUCAGACCCUUAUAACACACAUGAUGAGUGAGUGAGGGGCAGAGACGUGCCAAAUGCAUCGGUUCAUUCGUGUUGAGGUUGGUUUUGGUA